GGGCGUAACAGUAUACGUUUUAGGCGAGCUUGCUGGUAGUCAUCAACUCAAAAAAAAAGUUUUUUUCACUGUGACAUACUAGCACAUAGUCACGCGUCUAAACUGUUCUACCGCUGAGGAGGUAAAAAAAACGUUUAUCCAACUGAAGAAUCAAAAGUACGGUUGAAGAAAGAACAUUAGCAAUAUAUACGAGAGAGGACUGAAAACAAUAAUGACUUGGGAAUUAUUCAGGAGUGAAACAUUACCGACCAAUUUGCUAUUCAGCUUUCUGAUCUGCUUUCAACUAGUGACCGUGGUUGAAGCCAAUGUGGCCCAUGCUCACACCCCCCUGACCGUCUCCGCCCCCCACCUGUCCUACAUCUGCCAUGAGGGCGCCAACGUCACCCUCCUCUGUUCCCAAAAAGGUGCCAAGCAGUACCCUUCGGACUCACUGCAUCAUAGCUGGCUCUUUACACCCCACUUAACAGAGCAUUGCCAUGAGAGGGUGCAUCCCCGAGGCCACCGACAUCCGGGCAACCAUUCCCACACGGCGAUUCCCUGGGGCGUGCGGUAUGGGGGGAACGACGAGUCUUUCUGGGUGCAGCUGCAGUCUGUCAGCCCAUCAGACCAAGGGCGCUAUUGCUGCCUCACCCUGGAUGUUCCAUCGAAGAAAACCCAUUCCAGCAUAUUGCAGAUUCACAGCCAUGUCUUUCUUACGGUCAUGCCGGUAGGUAAACAAGGCGAGGCGAAAUGCACAGUAUUGGACAUCAAGCCAACAGAAGGGUCGGUGGCAGCUGGUCUGGCCACAGCAGCCUGCAUCAUGGCCAUCCUCUCUCUGCCCCUAAUCCUGGUCUUGGUGUACAAGCAGAGGCAAUCAACGGAGUCCAGUCGACGUGCACAUGAGCUGGUCAGAAUGGACAGUGAGGCUGCUGGCCACGAGAACCCAGUGUUUCUGGGAGGCCCCACACAGGGCCAAGGUAAGACCAGGACUGUGUCUCAGAUCAUGACCAGGCAGUCCUCCGAGACGGGCCGACAUCUGCUUCUGUCUGACCCUGGCACCCCUCUCUCUCCCCCCGUGCACGGAGACGUCUUCUUCCCAGCACACGAGCCCAUCCCAGAGUCUCCUGAUUUCCUACAAGUUUAGAAAGAAGCCAUCCAUGGUGCCCCGUAACCCGGAAACCCCUUGUUCUUCAUCUGCACUUUGUCCACACAGCUAGGCCACCACUUCUGAAGCCUGUACCACAGCCUUUCGUGUGGGGGGGGGGGGGGGACAGGGACGGGGGGGACUCGCUCUCACUCUGCACAGGGCAUCAUGAAUGGGUUGGGCGGUGGGGGGCAGUUUCUUCACAAACACAUUCCAUCCACAAAUACAGCCAGAGAACAUUUGUUCUCAGCACCUGCGUUACAGUUGGGGCCCAUUAAGUACAUGCCGUUCCACGUGGACCACUAACGACAACUCAACGACCAUCAGGUGCCCCUGCUCUGAGGUGGAGCGCUUGGGCUGUCCCUGCACAUGGUGUUGUUUUUCAGUGAUCUUCCCUCUUCUCAGUGCUCUGGGUUGAAAGUGAUUCGAUAAUAGAGGAUUGGCUGACGUGAACUCAGGGCUUAUUCUCAACUAGCCUUAAACAUUUGCUCCUGAGACCCAGUUUCUGUAAUUUUAUAGCACAUGACCAAAGCCCCAGUUCUUUCUGGCAACCAGUAACAGUUGUUCAGUCCUGUUUUCCACUACCUUAGUUACCAUUAACUGUGUUUUUGUCAACCCCAACCCCCACAUCAUCCACACAUGCCAUGCACUUAAUGUAGAAACAAUUUAAAACAGUUUAAUUAGAAAUUGUUAAAGAAGCGACUGAGCAUGUGUUGCCAUGCUGGAUGGAUUUUUUCAGGGGUGUCCAUUUUGCAUAACAUGUCUGUCUUGUUUAUUGACUAGGCAACUUAUGUGUUCAUGUCAUAUGUAAAAUAUUAAUUGUUUAUUUUGUAUUUUUAUGUUGAGGUUGAUGUCUAUGUAAAUAGAUUAUUUUCUAUGUUUAUCUUUUUGGGUUAUUUCAAAAAAGUUGUUAAUUUCAAUGUGACACUUGACAAGACUCAGUAAGUCAGAUUUGUAAAACUGAAUUUGAGUGGAAUGGAAAUGCAAUUGACCCCAACCAUGAUGCAUUAUCAGUGAACUGAAAAAAGCUUGACUGAAGAAUGUUCAGAAAGACAAAGACUAAGAGUGACUGACUUUCAGCCAUGAUGUUGUGUCUGUGCUUGGAACCUUUAACCACAGCAACUGAAUGGUCACAGUACUAUGAAUCCAAAGGUAGUUCGAAUCUCUAAGCCAAGACAUUAAAAACCCUUUUAUGUGUA